CAUGCUCCUUAUACGUACACGCCUACACCAGGAAACGAACGGAGGAAGUGAUAUUUUUCACGCUGAUAAUACUGUUUUAAUCCAAACUGAUUUCAAUCUGCCCGUGCAUGUCAUACGAUAGGGUCGUCGUUUAUAUAAAUCUGCAGCUCCUUUUCACUGCAAGUUAAUUUGGCGUUCUUGUUCGUUUAUAAUGGCGUAGAUCAAUACUAGACAAGUUAGCUGGAUACCUAGCAAGUCAGCGCGAACAAGCAUUCGUUGGGACCAUGCAAUAACGCCAGCUAGAUACUGGAGAAAUGUACCAGCCGGCAUCUCAGAUUGUUGACCCUUAUAUCAUUAUUUGUCCUAGUUAUACACACAUUGUAUUUUUUACUACAUAGUUCGCAGUCAGGCGCUUGCGGUUUCAAUUUAUCUAUUCGUUCGAGCACAGCCUGAGAGCACGGAAGAGAGAUAGGAAGAUGUUUCACAAAACCUCCUUUACAACCCUAGUUAUAGGUGUAUUCGUUGUGUACGUCUUGCAUACUUGCUGGGUGAUGUUUGGCAUUGUGUACACUAAGCCAUGUGAGGAUCCUAAAAGUGACAUCUGCAUCAGUCCUUAUCUAACUGGAAAACCCCAUCUGCAGCUGAGCAUCUACACAGCCGUGCGGCACAACGCGGAAGGUGGACACACUCUCAUUUUGAGAGAGGAAGACUUCGACGUGCAUUCCAAAUUUGAGAGGCUGGUAAACAUUACCCUACCCAAGAAGACUCGGAAAAAUGGAACCCUUUAUGCCAUGGUGUUUAUACACCAAGCAGGGGUGUCUCCUUGGCAGGACCAACGACAAGUGCACCAGGUGACCCAGCUGACCACGUACAUGCUGCCUAAACCCCAAGAGGUCAGCCUGAUUACAGGUGAAGAUGAACAAAAAUCGAAGGACCAGAAGAAGCGUGAGACGGGGCCGGACCGGCCCAUGGCACACUGGCGCACGAAGCUCACGCUCAACGUGGUGUCGGAAGAUUUUGUUUUUGACCGCGAUGCGUUGCCGGCCGACGUGCGCCGUUACCUGAGAGUAUUUCAGAAUGGAAAGAAGAUGGUGUAUUUGCCAUUGCUGUUUGUGGAUGAGCUGAGUAACAGAGUGAAAGACUUGAUGGAGAUCAACAGCAGCACGAUAGAGGUUCCCCUCACAAUCACCUAUGACACCAUCUCCCUUGGCCGGCUUCGCUUCUGGAUUCACAUGCAGGAUGCAAUCUUUUCUCUGCAACAUUUUGGGUUCACAGAAAAGGAUACGGAUGAAAUCAAGGCCAUCUUUGUGGACACCAAUCUGUACUUCCUUGGCUUGACCUUCUUUGUGGCCACUUUCCACCUCCUGUUUGAUUUUCUCGCCUUCAAAAAUGACAUCAGCUUCUGGAAACACAAGAAAAGCAUGGUGGGGAUGUCCAGCAAAGCAGUGCUGUGGAGAUGCUUUAGCACCAUAGUGAUCUUCCUUUACCUGUGGGAUGAGCAGACCAGUCUCCUUGUUCUCCUCCCCGCUGGCGUAGGCUCCCUAAUCGAGGUGUGGAAGGUGAAGAAGGCCUUUAAGAUCCAGAUCGUUUGGAAAGGUGUGAGGCCGUCAUUCCUGUUUGGGAAAUCAGACGAGUCGGAGAGGAGGACUGAAGAGUACGAUACUCUGGCAAUGAAGUACUUGUCUUACUUGCUGUAUCCUCUCUGCAUCGGUGGAGCCGUAUACGCACUUGUUUAUACGAAGUACAAAAGCUGGUACUCUUGGCUCAUCAACAGCUUGGUGAAUGGUGUCUACGCCUUCGGAUUCCUUUUCAUGCUACCUCAACUCUUUGUGAACUACAAGAUGAAAUCAGUAGCUCAUCUUCCAUGGAAGGCAUUCAUGUACAAGGCUUUCAAUACCUUCAUUGAUGAUGUCUUUGCCUUCAUCAUCACCAUGCCGACGUCUCAUCGCCUCGCCUGCUUCAGAGAUGACGUGGUGUUCCUUAUAUACCUGUAUCAAAGAUGGCUUUAUCCCGUGGACAAAAGCCGCGUCAACGAGUAUGGGGUGUCUUACGACGAGAAGACCGAGAAGACCGAGAAGCCAAAGGGCAAGAGCCAUAAGGAUUGAAAAGGAAAGUUCCAGAACCUCAGGAUGCGUCGUCGGCUGCAGCACACCUCAUCCAGGGCUGAUGUUUGAGCCCACUUCCCCUCUCUCUGGCGUGCGAUCACCUCAUAGUGUCUGCGAAGGGUUAAUUGAACGGACUCAGCCUUCUACAGGCAUUUCAGAACUGCAUCGCUCAGAUGCACCUUCCAGAUUCUAUCAGAGAUGUUGCUGAUUGAGCCAGGCCAUAGCUGCAACCUGCCUGCACUUCCAUAUCACAACCAGCAGGGGGCCACGGAAUAACCUUGACAACUUGAUGUAUACAAACUAACUGGAACAUGUGUCUGGCUGCCCAAAAUGGUGAAAAGCAUAGAAAGAAAUUACAUAUGAAUGUAAGUAUGUGUGUGCGUAUGCGUAUGUGAUUUGUAUGAGUGUUCAUUUUUGUUGUUCUUAAAUCUCUUACUGGAUUAAAAAAAAAAAAAAGAAGAAGAAAUCUCAAUAGUAUUUGUAAAUUCAGGCCAUGCCAUUCUGGUGCCAAAUCGAUUGAGAGACGGCUAAUGAUGACUGUUAGUCAAAAGCAUCUUCAAGCCGGCGAACAAAAUGUGCUCUCUGACGACACUGACCUACUGUUGAUUGCUGAUCAUUUAAACUGCACUCAAGGAAAAUGAUGAACCUUGCCAUGCAUGGUGUCUACAUGUGUGGACUUGUGAUAUUCAAGGGUGUUUUGGUUCAAUAAAAUAUUGUUUUGACUUCCACA